GUGUUUAAUAAAUGGAUGUUCGGAAAUACGCACAAUCUGUCUAUAAAAAUAUAGUAGAGAAAUUAUUAUUUGUCUCCGCAUAAAGUUCCAAAACAAUGACUGAGUUUAAGGAGGGAACACAUCCAUUCCAAGACCAAUCGUUUCGCUUUGCUGAUGCUGAUACGUCACGGAGUAGUGAAGUUACUCUGGAAGGGAUUCCAAAAGCACAAACUCUCAACGAUUUUAACUGGGAAGCACAAGAAAUGGAACCGGUUCUAGAAGAAAGUUCGGUUCGAAAUUCAGUUACAGAAUUGCUAGUAUCAAAGGAAGAUAAACCAAGUGGAGACAUAACCAUGGAAGACUGUGAAAAAUCAAGAAUGCGGGAUCGCAUGAUAUACAAAAGACAGAAGACGGAACAGGUAAAAAGCCCAAUCAUAAAAGAGAAAAAGAAGCGACGAGAUUUCCGUGAAGCGCUUUGCGAUGGUCUUGCAAGACUUCUAGAUGACAUCACAGACCUGAUAAAUGGACGAACCCGAGAUGCCGAAGGUGAUGAAGUUGAGUACGGUCCAAUACGUUACGUUCCACAUAGUUUGAGUUCCCUUACUCAAACAACUAAAUUUACUAAAGAAGAGCUCAAGUCGAUGUAUCGGACAUUUAAAAAUGAAUGUCCAUCGGGUGUGGUAUACGAAGAUACUUUUAAGUCUAUUUAUUCGCAAUUUUUUCCUUCUGGAGAUUCCAAUAUGUAUGCGCAUUAUCUGUUCAACGCUUUUGAUGACAAUCAAGAAGGUUAUAUUUGUUUCGAGGAUUUUGUGAUGUCUCUAUCUUCUCUUCUCCGUGGAAAGUUUGAAGAAAAAUUACAAUGGAUUUUCAAACUUUAUGAUAUCAAUCAUGACGGAUUUAUCACGAAAGAGGAAAUGCAAGAUAUUGUGAAGUCGGUAUAUUCGCUGACAGGGUCUGAAGAUGACGAAUCUUCGCCUGUUUAUUCAUACAUGGAACAUGCAAAUCGCGUCUUCCGUAAAUUGGAUCAAAACAAUGAUGGCUACGUUACAUAUCCAGAAUUUGUCGAGGCAUGCAGUAGAGACCCUACCGUUGUCGCCUCGUUGAAAGUUUUUGAAACAGCAUUCUGACAAAAAAUGGUGAUAUAAUAAUAAUGAUCCAGACAAUAUAAAACUUUUCACAAAAUUGAACAUGAGAGUAAAACAAUUACGUUUGCGUAUAACAUUCACGCUUUGCUAGCCUACCGAAACUUGCCAUAUUUAUGUAUACCGGUAACAAGUAAAAUCUUACCAGAAGUUCUCUCAAAUGAUCAGUGGUGGUAAAACGCUGGUAUUUGUUCCAUAUGAUGUUCGACGGUUGGGUGUAUUCGUAACUUAACUUCAAGUUGGAUAUUACAGCCACGUACGAUUUUAUAUAGCCUUUAUACUACAGGAUGGAUUGUAUCUGAUUUUGCUAUUGGAUCAGCAAAACACUGUUCGGCUAAAUAGCCUCAAAUCAGACUCCGUUGCGCCAAUUAUCAUCCCAUAUUUCGAUUUACUGUUAUUGUUGCAAUGUUACAUACUUUAUUAUUUUUUGCAUAACUUUCGUCAUGUAUUUUCUGACUAAUAAAACAAUUGACUGAA